AUGCUGGAUAUUGAUGUGAUGGUUGAUCCGUUGUAUGAAAUGGUGCCGAGCCCGGUCAUCGGCUGCACGAUUCUCGUCUUGUACUUGCUUAUUCGCUUUCUCAGAGUAUUCUCACAUCCAGACAGACCUCGAGUCUACACGAAAGAAGUUGAGGACUCGAAGAAACCCACCAUCUAUCAGGUUCUGAAGAAUUGCAAAAUUCUCGAUGAAAAGUAAGUCGAUUUAUGUGUGGCAUAGACUUGAGAUGGCACGUUUUUGCUGGUAAGAAUUUUAAGGAGUCAAUGAUAAGGAUGGUGAACGUAAAAAGGCAAUGACUUUUUUUACAGACUUUAAAAUGAUAAGAACUUUCUUUACAAUGUAUAAAAUGGCAAGAACUUUCUUUACAAUGUAUAAAAUUCCAAGAACUUUCUUUACAAUGUAUAAAAUGGCAAGAACUUUCUUUACAAGGUGUAAAAUGGCAAUAAAUUCCUUUACAGAAAUGAAAAUUUUAUUUAUCGUAUAACUUGUCACUCGCAGCCUGCAAAACCUCAUUUUAUUUAUUUUACGCAGAAAUGGCAAAAACUUUUCUUACAAAACAUAAAAUGACAAUAACUUUCUUUACAAAGCUUAAAAUGGCAAGAACAUUGCUUAGAAAACCAAAAAUGGCAAUAACUGUGCUUACAAAACAUAAAAUGACAAUAACUUUCUUUCCAGGACGCAAAUUUACAAAAAGUACAAAAUUUUUAAUUUUCAGAUACAAUCCCCCAGCCCUAUGGGGUCGAAAUGGACAUCUUCAAACCGCGGUCUACGGUGUUCUCGGUCACUCUACACUGAAACGCAGCUUCGACAAGCGUCACACACUGAAACUGACUGACGGCACUACAGUAACUUUUGACGUGUUCGAGCCAACAAAACCACAUCCAUCGGGUCAAGACUACACAAUGGCGUUAUGUCCAGGAAUCUGCAAUCAUUCGGAGAGCAACUACAUCAGGACGUGUGUUCACAAUGCUCAAGAGAAUGGUUACAGAUGCGCCGUGCUGAAUCAUCUGGGAGCACUGGCUAACAUACCGGUCACUUCGCCGAGACUGUUUUCUUAUGGUAGGUUUGGAGGGGUCUUCACAGUAUUUUUGUUCGAUUAUGGGGGGGGAAGGAAGGGCGUUUUUUAACGGGUUGGUUUUAUUACAGUAAGCUAGGGGAUUCUUUGAGCAUAUUUAAUGUUGGGUGUGGUAACUUUAUUUUUUUGAGAGAUGGAGGGGGGGGGGUUAAAACGGAAAAAGAAUUUUUAGGGGGAUGGCAUGGAAGAUUAAGUUUACCUUUUAAAGUUUAUUUAUGAAUGCCGGGGGAUUGAUUUAAAAAGUUUUUAGGGGUCGGUUUUUUGAAUUUUUAAAAAAGUUAGGAGGGGUUAUUUGUACACUUUAGCAAAAAAUGAAAACAAUUAGUUAAGGGCGGAUGAUUUUUUUACCUCCGCCCUCCCUCCUUUCGUCCAAAUUUUAAUUUUCUUUACUAUAUGCAUAACAAUAUGUUAGGCAUGAUAUACUUAUCAAUUAAAAAAUUUUUAUUUUCAGGAAACACAGCCGAACUGAUGGCAAUGAUGGAAACCCUGGGCGAAGUCUAUCCCCAAACCAGGUUUAUCCAAAUUGGCUUUAGCAUGGGCGCCAACAUCACCACUCUAUAUCUACACAGAACUUCAGAAGAGCUUCGUAAACGCACGGUAGUCGGCCUAUCAGUAUGCCAAGGAUACGAUGCUGAUAAGAGUGGUCAUCUGUUUCAUGAUUGGGAAUGUGGCCGAAGAGUUUACAAUUACAUCAUUACCGAGAAUGUAAAACGAUUACUGAGAAGGAACUUUGACGCUGUUGUUGCUCCACACGUCAAGACUGGAGUUGUGGAUGAACAGAGGUUGUUCUCGGCUACUUCUGUGCUAGGAUUGGAUGAGCAUUACACUAGGAGGAUAUUGGUGGGUAACUUUUUUACUUGGCUUAAAAUGGCAAACACUUUCUUUACAAGGUAUAAAAUGGCAAUAACUUUCUUUACAAAGCAUAAAAUGGCAAUAACUUUCUUUAAAAAACAUAAAAUCGCAAGAACUUUCUUUACAAAACAAAAUAGCAAGAACUUUUCAUACAAAACACAAAAUGUCAAGAACUUUCUUUACAAAGCAUAAAAUGGCAAGAACUUUAUGUACAAUAUCAAAAAUGGCAGGAACUUUCUUUACAAAACAAAAUUUUCAAAGUUUUUAAAAAGUUUAGUUUAGUCCACUCAAUAAACUCAUUUUCAGGGCUACAACUCGGUGGAAGAAAUGUACAAAGACGCGUCAUCGUUUCACAAAAUUCCAAAAAUUCGAAUUCCAACGGUUUUUAUAAACUCGGCCGACGACCCCCUCUUCCCUCAACAACUAUGGGGACCGGUCAGGGAGGUGUGUUCUCAAAGCGACAAACACGCUUUUGUACUCAUGAAGCACGGUGGACAUCUGGGCUUUCUCGAGGGCUGGUCCAUGAAGCCAUCGUCAGUGACGUGGCUCGACAAAUUCAUCGUGGAACUUGCGAAUUCAGCUACGGGUUUACUGGAUUCUGAACAGAAUUGA